ACACGGCAGGAGCGGGCCCUAGCUGCAAUGGGGCUGCUGGGCUCAGAGGAGGAGGGGUCGGUAAGGCGUUACUGCUUACCCGCUCCUGAUGCCACGCUCUCCUGCUGCCGGCUUCCUUCUUCCGAUCCUUCCUGCUGAUCCUGUGUGAAAAAAAGACCGCUGCCUCCUCGGUGCUGACGCCGUUGCUGCGGUGACUGCUGCCUCUGAUGUUGCCGGCAGAGCUGAACACUCUCAGCGGGUCCCUGCCGCUGGUCCUGGCUGCCUGUGGCCGGAGGUGGCACGCCUGCGCUGGAUGCUGCUGAUGGACUGCCUGUAACUGCUGCUGCUGCUGGAGGGGACCAUACUGUUUAAAAACUGCUGUGACGAGUCCUGUGUCUUAGCUGCAAGUGGAGGUGGAAGCCAUUAUCUGCUGAUGGAUGAAGUCUCCCGUGUUCUACAUAACAACGGCCAUGAAGUGCGAAUGUUCCUCCAGUACGGGGAGGGCAUGCUCCCAGGUUACAAGUUGCCGCCCAGCCCUUAUCCAGUCUCCACGUUUUCACUUGAUGAAAAAUAUCUCCAGGAAUUCCAAAGUUUUUUUUCAGAGAAGCAGAAAGAUUUUCUUGUCGGCAGAAGUGGACCCCAGGACAUCCUAAAGCUAAUGGGCGAGCUGACGUACCAGUGUAACAUCACAUUACACCAGUCAGAUAUCUUAAACUUCUUAAGGAAUGAGAAAUAUGACAUCGCAGUGGUAGACGCAUUUAAUCCUUGCACUUUUCUGGUCUGUGAGAAGUUGGGAAUUCCGUACAUUGCAAUCUCUUCAUUUAGCUUUGGCAAUGCCUUAAGGGUGGGAAUUCCCACUCCACUGUCGUAUGUUCCACUAUUCCAGACUCGGCUCACUGACCGCAUGGAUUUCUUUGGACGUUUGAAAAACACUUUAAUGUUCUUCGCAUCUCACAUAGUGUGGGCAAAAAUCAACUCAAUGUUUGACAGUGUGAUUGAAGAACAUUUUCCGGUGGGUUCCAGACCAUCCAUAGCUGACCUGAACCUGAAAGCUGAGCUCUGGCUAUAUAAUGUAGACUUUACCAUUGAGUUUGCUCGGCCUCUUCUGCCUCACAUUCAGUAUAUUGGGGGAAUAUUGGCAAAACCGUCAAAACCUGUAUCGCAGGAACUGGAAGACUUUAUAGCAGAGUCCGGGGAGUCUGGCUUUAUUGUAGUGACGCUGGGUUCUAUGAUAUCAUCAAUCCCAUUAGUGGAAUUUGUAAAGGAGAUGAAUGCUGGAUUUGCUAAAAUUCCUCAGAAAGUUAUCUGGAGAUUCCAAAGAUCACAGUGGCCAGAAGAAGUAGAAAUUGCUCCUAAUGUGAAAAUCAUGGACUGGCUGUCCCAGAAUGAUCUCUUAGGACACCCUAAAGUUCGUCUUUUGGUGACACAUGGAGGACUGAAUAGUGUUAUGGAGGCAGUGUACCACGGAGUUCCUGUUUUGGGGAUCCCACUUUUUGGCGACCAGCAUGAAAACGUGAUCCGAAUUGAAGCCAAAAACAUGGGAACAUUUAUUCCACCUGAUCAACUGAAGUCUGAAAACUUUGCAAAAACUAUUCUGGAAGUAAUAGAAAAUCAAAGCUAUAAAGAAUCAGCAAUGAAGCUGAGCGCCAUCAGGAAAUCUCUCCCAUUCCCUCCAGACCAGCAGUUAUUACGGUGGGUGGAGCACAUCAUCCAGUCAGGAGGAGGCGGCCAUCUUCGUCCCUAUUCUUAUCAGCAGCCCUGGUAUCAGCAGUAUCUGCUGGAUGUCAUUUUAUUCAUCAGCGUCUGUCUCACUGUGACGCUCUACCUCAUUGUGACAUUAUUCAGGGUUCUCAUCAGGAAACUGCUCUCUCCUGGGAAACACAAACAACAUUAGCGCUAUGCACACUGUGUCAGCACCAAGGUCACAUGGAGGGGGCUACGCUGCUGACACAGAUGUGCCGUUUCUGCAAGACGACUGUGAAUGAUAAUAAACUGGUGCAAGUGUCAUUGAGUAACAUCACUAAGGGGUACAUUUACUAAG